CUGCACUAGACUGCAGCUCAACCAGAACCUGUCAAGGAAGGAUAAAGAGAAGCCAGGAAAGAGCACUAAGCAUGUUAUUUCAGCGACUGCUCUUUCAACACAGAUUCCUGGUGUAAUUGUAUUGUUUGCACUUUCAUUCCCUACCGCACUGAAAGGACAUCACGCAUGGCUCUGUGGAUUUGCUUUUACUUAUUUGUGGUGCUGAUUUCUUCUUAGAACAAGUGUGGAUUAAUAAAACUCAAUUGUUUUCAAGGGAGCGAUGCGGUAUUGGGAAGAUGGAAUGUUUAUAAAUCAAUGCAAAUUUGUUGGUAUGCUUAGUCGGCAUAAGCAAGAUGCAGAAACGGCGUCGGACAGUCAACGGGGCGCCCAACGAUUCUUGUAACAAAAUGUAAAAAAAAUGAGUAAAAAAAACACAAACUGAAAGAAAAUAUAGUCAGUUAUUAACUGCAUUAGGUUUGUAUGUGUUAGCUUGCAUAGGGUCCAGUGAAAUGUUGAAAUCUACGAUAAAUACCUAUGAAAUUACUUUUGAAUCUGUGAGUCUUUUGAAUGACAGGGUCUGAGAUAUUAAGCUUUUCAAAUAGGACUUUUAAGCUGAUUUGGUUCCUUGGAGAUGUGACAAGCGCCGUCAAAAAUUACAGGACAGUUGUUUUAACAGGAAAUGAUGGCGAAAAAUAACAAGAGCGAUAUAUAUUAAAGGCUGGGUAUUAUGGAGUUCUGGAUUAAAGUCGCCUGUAAGAGACCCUAGCAGUUCAAGUAAUAUAAUCUUUUACGACAUGGGCUGGGCAAUACAGCGUUUGGAUCAAGAGGAGAGGUAAUAUCCAGACAUUUCACUGCUUCAUGGUAAUUACCUGAGAUAAUGCCGCUGCCAAAAAGAGAUGUUAAUCUCGGGGAAAUAUAUGUAUUGCAACGACCCAAAGGAUGACUUAUAAAGACUCCGCUUUCGCGUUGUGGAAAUAUAUCCUGACUAACGGAGUGACUUCUGUGCUAGAUAGUCUGUACGACUGCAGUAUACACACGAACACAUUGCUAAGGAAUACAAAAUCUAGUUGAACAGAAUCUCUUGACUUUGAAAGCUGAACGAAUGCCGCUUCCUCCCAUGCGGUGCUGGUCGCUGUCCGUAGCCCUGGUGGUGCUGAAAUUUGGAUGAUGCCGAGUCAGCGAUUACAAGGCUGCCGCUCGCUGGUACACAUUAACGAAGAUAAUGGUCGAUUUUUACUGCUAGCCUUCUUGAUCACGCUUUACUUGGUGUGCGGGGCUGCCGUCUUCUCCGCAAUCGAGAGGCCAAAGGAGUUGCAGAACCAGGGACUCUGGAACCGGACUCUGUACAAAUUCAGCGACAAGUUUAACAUUAGUCUUGAGGAACUGAGGUAUUUUCUGCGAGAUUAUGAAGCGGCAAUCGCUGCAGGAGUCAAGGCGGAUUCUGUCAGACCGCGCUGGGACUUUUCUGGGGCGUUCUACUUUGUGGGGACAGUGGUAUCAACUAUCGGUUUUGGAAUGACCACCCCUGCAACAGUUGCAGGCAAAGUGUUCCUGAUCUUCUACGGACUGCUGGGAUGCGCUGGGACUAUCCUUUUCUUUAACCUCUUCCUGGAGCGCAUCAUCACCCUUCUGGCCGUCAUCAUGAAGGCAUGCCGAGAGAGGCAGCUGAGGAGAAACGGCAUCCUGCCACCAACCAUCCGAAGGGAAUACCAUGGCGACAGCCUGGCGGGCUGGAAGCCCUCGGUCUACUAUGUCAUGAUGAUCCUGGGGAUUUCUGCCAUCAUUCUGUUGUGUUGUGCGUCAGCCAUGUACACCCUGGUGGAAGGGUGGAACUACAUGGACUCCUUAUACUACUGCUUCGUUACCUUCAGCACCAUCGGGUUCGGGGAUUUGGUAAGCAGCCAGAACGCUGCCUAUGAGAAUCAGGGAUUGUAUCGCUUCGGGAAUUUUAUAUUCAUCCUGCUGGGGGUCUGCUGCAUCUACUCCCUUUUUAACGUCAUCUCCAUCGUCAUCAAGCAAGUGCUGAACUGGAUGAUCAAGAAGCUGGAUUGCCAGUGCUGCGGAACAUACCAAAAGAACAGCACUUUCCUGAGCCGGAGGAACGCCAUCACCCCCGGCUCCCGCCUCCGCAGAAGCCACUUUUCCAUGGAAACGGACGGCCCAUAUGACAGCGACACUGAGGGCAGGAGGCUCUCAGGGGAGAUGAUCUCCAUGAGGGACCUGACCGCAUCUAACAAGGUAUCGCUAGCCAUCAUGCAGAAGCAGCUCUCGGAGACGGCCAAUGGCUUCCCGCGGACUGUCUGCAGCAGCUCCAGACACAACGGCUUCUCUGGCGGGGUGGGCGCCUUGGCCAUUAUGAAUAACCGGUUGGCCGAAACCAGUGACAGCAGGUAGAAACUUAACUAAUCCUCCAGAUGAAGAAAGACUUGUGCAAUAUUUAUUAUAUGCUGUAGAUCUUCAAGAGAUGGUGAAAUAGGUGAAUCUGUUUUCGUUACUGCAUACUGCAAAAUUUUACAAAGAAGAGCGUGCAUUGGUACAAAAUAAGAGUUGAGGAUAAUGGAAUAGGUUUGUUAUCUCUCUGAUCUCAUCGCUCCACUUAAUGUGAAACCCCAACUUCUGACAACUCAAAGUUUCUUAAAACCCUACAAAGAAACACAGAUUCUUAUACUGUAGCCCUGUGCAAUUACGCAGAAAUAUUGUUGGUGGUGGUGUUUUAUAAGAGAACAAGAGAAAACAUCCUGUUUCGUUAACUGUUAACUGACUGCUAAUAAUGACUGUUUCAUGUUACUGCAUUUCAUACAGCCACCAGCUCUCAGCAUUUCCUUUAUUAACUCCAACAAUCAAAAAUCCCACUUUUCCAGUGUAAUAAUUAUCAUUAGACACAAUGAUGAGGCCCCUAGUUAUUUGCUGGAAUGAUGCAAUAAUUAGUGUAUCGCACACAGCGCUGGUGCAUGUUCAUGGAGGAUCUUGUAUGCCUGUCUUACAUAUUUUGCAUGUGUGUGUGUGUGUGUGCAGCUGAACCAAGGUGAAGCCCUACACCCCACUCUUGUUCAUUGCAGAAUUCCUUUCACAGCUGCUUACCUUGCAGCUAUGCAGAGCACAGUGCACUUAGAAAACUAGUUAAUUGACCCUUCAUUAUCCUUACAACCCCUUCGACACAAACAGAUUUCUAAACAGUGGUGGUAAUUAGACACAGCAUUGUUUACUUUAAUUUACCCACACAUUGGUAUCUAGUUGCUACAAUACAACUACAUUACUUUUCAAAUAUUUUAACGCUCACAGUUAAAUUAACACAACUAAAAUCUUGAACUGCUUAGUAACGGCAGCCGAGGACCUAAUACAGGUGUAACAAAUAAGAAACAGAAUGGCAAGUACAUAUUAUAUUCCCUUAAUUGCACAGCACAGAGUACUGGUACUGACUGGUGUUUUGCUUGAUUCAAUAAACAAUGUAUUUUUACAUGCUUGAAAGUGGUUUUCUAGACAGAUUUCUUUUUUAUGUAUGGGACAGAUAAUAGCACCCCGGCCUUUUUAUAACUAAUGACAGCCACAUCCUUUUAGUCGUAAAAGUAAUUUUCUAGGACAGAUUUUAAUCAUUUCCAUGCAUGUGAUGUCACCCUGUCUUACUUAAGGGUUUUUAGAUGGUACAGUUGAGGCACAAGCUAAGAACAAUUUGGUAGGGCUUAUUUUGAGCUAAAAUAAUUGCAUGGAAGACUUUUUGGACCAGAUCAGUUGAUUCGAUCAGAUGAGACAUUGUGUUGGGAGUAAUUAUGUGUGUGUAUGUAUAGCUCUCUCUCUCUCUCUCUCUAUAUAUAUAUAUAUAUAUAUAUCUCAAACACAAAGAGCGGUGGUACUUUACGAAUCUGUUAUAAAUAAUACAUCUAUUUGUGUUAUAAAGAAUGGUGUAAAUGAUUGCAAUAAUCGUCAACACCUUUAAUACAAUCUUUAUAGGUGCUUUUUCAUUGAUAUUUUAACUACAGCACUUCACAAAGCACAAAACCAAAAGGCCUGUCCUUUAUAAAAGUGUGCCAUGGUAUUUUUGUGCUGUAUUUUGGCAGUUUUCCCCCCAUGCUUAUGGUUAUACUAUGCAUUUACUAUAGUGUACCCUGGUUGCCAAGUUUAUUAAGAUGCUUUACCAUUUCUCAUUAUUCUUUACAAUGUUUACCUAUGCUUUACCUUGAUUUCACUCUGCUUUAUAACACUUUGUUUUGCUUUUACUAUGGUAAACUUUUAUAAGGGCUAUUUUGAAACUAGCACAGCUAUGAGAGAGGAAUGCUGAAACAGGAAUGCUGUUUUCUGCGACACAGUUGUUUCAUGCAAGUUCAUACCGUCACAUGGUUUUUGCUUCCAAAUAGGGAGCCGUGUCUUGGAUCUGGUUAACUUACUUUUUGAGCACCAGUCUUUGGCAACUAACAAACAUUAGAAUGAGGAGGUUUCAUUUGAAACAAUGAAACAGUGGUUUGCGUUUGUGAUAACCCAAUACUCCUGAUCUAUUAAUUGGCAGUUGAGCUAGACGUGGGUUUCCUCUGGGCACAAAUAAACAUUUAACCUCCAUCAGUAUUCAAUGACCUGUAAUAGUUCAUUGCAAUGAAUCCCAAAUUUUAUAUGAACUAAUGCAUUGCAUCCUCAACAAAUAUUAUUUGAAAGUAUAAAAGGACAUUUGUUAACUUACUUAUUUG